AUGGAAAUCAUCACUCUCUUCUCUUCAUGGCUUUUUAUAACAACGCCACUACUCUCCUUAAUAUUGUGCAUGUUUUUAUAUAAUCUCAGAUUGAUCAACAGGUCAGUCACUGCAGGCCAUAAGCUUCCCCCAAACCCUCCAAAGCUUCCCAUUAUUGGAAACUUGCACCAAUUACUAGGGAAACCGCGUCAUCAAGCCCUUUGGGAACUUUCAAAAGAAUACGGUCCCAUUAUGUUACUUUAUGUUGGUUCAAAACCUUACGUUGUCGUCUCUUCCUCUGACAUGGCCAAACAAGUACUUAAAACUAACGAUCACAUAUUUUGUUCGCGUCCAGUUUCCCAAGCCACCAAACGGUUUAGUUACAACAACAUGGACAUUGCUUUCUCGCCUUACAGCAAUCACUGGAGAGAGAUGCGCAAGCUUUUGGUGUCUGAGCUCCUUGGGCCAAAAAGAGCUAGAUCAUUUAACCAUGUGUUGGUGUCAGAGAUUGAGAGCAUGAUUUGUUCUUUAUCUUUACAUGCAUCAGCAAACACAGCGGUAAACCUAAGUGAGUUGAUUGUAGCUUCGGUAAAAGGUAUGGUGUGUAAGGUGGCGUUUGGUAAAAAUUAUCUAGAACAACCACUUAACGGUCCAUCAUGGGAAGUGAUGCUUGAAGAAACCGUUGACAUAUUGGGUGGGUCGCUUGGUGAUUCUUUUCCAUGGCUGGGUCGACUUAUUGACCAACUUAGCGGAUGGAAUGGUAAGCUAGAGAAGUGUUUUAGUAAUCUUGAUUCCUACAUCGACACGCUUGUUGAUGGACACCACAAUCACACCUUUGCAGCAAUUAGCAACGACGAUAAGGACUUUGUCCAUACGUUGGUUGAGUUAUCUUUGAAAGAGAAUGCUUAUGGCUACCAGUUGACUAGAGAUGACAUUAAAGCGAUUGUAAUGGACGUACUUACAGGUGGAGUUGAUACAACUGUUGUCACCCUAGUGUGGGCAAUGUCAAAAAUUGUUAGAAGUAGCAGAGUGAUGCAAAAGUUGCAAUGCGAAAUCAGAAAUUGUGCAGGAAAAAUUCAAAAGGUAAAUGAACUGGAUAUCACAAAAAUGACAUACUUGAAGAUGGUGGUAAAGGAAACACUAAGAUUGCACACGCCUGCUCCACUGUUGAUCCCUCACGAAAGCUUAAGCCAUUGCCAAAUUGGUGGUUAUGACGUCUUUCCUGGGACGACUGUAUUAAUCAAUGGGUGGGGGAUGGGAAGAGAUCCAAGCAUCUGGGGAGAGAAUGCUGCCGAGUUCUACCCAGAGAGGUUUGAACAUAUUGACGUUGAUUUUGGAGGGGGGAAUUUUGAGAUGGUUCCGUUUGGAGUGGGACGUAGGUCGUGCCCAGCGAUGAACAAUGCUCUGGCAACGGUGGAGUUCAUGAUAGCAAAUCUUCUUUAUUGGUUUGAUUGGGAAGUUCCUAGCGGAAUGAAGAACCAAGACUUGAACAUGGACGAGGCGGGUUCCCUUGUUGUUCGCAAGAAAUUACCACUUCAUCUUGUGCCCAAAAUCAAGCAUAAUUAA